UUGCGCAGUGAGGCCGGAUCAGAGUUGGGUGCAGCAGCUUCACCAGAGAAGGAAGCGGAGUUUCCGGCUGUUUGCAGCGGAGGGAGAGGAUUGCUGACGCCGCGAAACCCCGAGAAAAAGGCCGCCGGCUCGGGGGGGCUAACAGUGUCUAGCAUCGGCAGUGGUCGUUUUCUUUCAUACCGGAGGGAUCUGGGGGGCUGGUGAUUUUUACAGGCCGAGGGGGGUCGGACAGCAAACCGAGCAAAGAAGCGUCCACAAGGCGGGGGGUGAGCCACCAGCUACCGGCAUGGCCAGGGACUACGAUUACCUCUUCAAGCUGCUCAUCAUCGGUGACAGCGGAGUGGGAAAGAGCAGUCUCCUCCUGCGAUUUGCAGACAACACAUUUUCAGGUAGCUAUAUCACCACGAUUGGCGUGGACUUUAAGAUCCGGACGGUGGAGAUCAACGGGGAGAAGGUGAAGCUACAGAUCUGGGAUACAGCAGGGCAGGAGCGAUUCCGCACCAUUACCUCCACAUACUACAGGGGAACGCACGGGGUCAUAGUGGUAUAUGACGUCACGAGUGCCGAAUCCUUCGUCAACGUCAAACGAUGGCUACAUGAAAUCAACCAGAAUUGUGAUGAUGUGUGCCGAAUAUUAGUGGGAAACAAGAACGACGACCCCAACUCCAAGGUGGUUGAGACGACUGACGCGCAGAAGUUUGCUGAGCAAAUGGGCAUCAACCUGUUUGAGACAAGCGCAAAAGAGAACAUCAAUGUUGAAGAGAUGUUCAACUGCAUCACAGAGCUAGUGCUAAGAGCCAAGAAGGAGGUGCUAGCCAAGCAGCAGCAGCAGCAACAGAACGACGUGGUCAAACUCACCCGGAACAGUAAACGAAAGAAAAAGUGCUGCUAGCAAACUCAAAGCCAUCCUCACAAGGCCGGCAGCGUCUUCUCUUCACACACAUACACACACGAUGGGACUCAGAACAUCUAAAUUAAAGAGCAGAUAAAGAUUUAAUAAAUAUACAGUGAAAGAUUAAAAAAAAAAAUAAAUAAAUAAAUGGAAAGAAUUGUCCCCUUUGGACAAAUUAAUCAUGAAGACUUUAAAAAGAAUAUGUACAGAUUUUAUUAGACGUCAGAUCAAGUUUUAUUUGGAACUCAGCAGAUGGGCACUAUUGACCUGAGGUCCUCCUUUCUUUAAGGAUCUGCAAGCUGACAACUGACCGCCAUAAUGCUCAGAUUUCUGUCCACAUAAUCCCCAUAUUCUUCAUCAGUAUCUCAUCUCUCCUUCUCAUUCCACUGCACACAGGACAUUCAGAGUCAAGUCAGACUCUGCGCCUGAGGAGAAGGAGGGCUCACUUUUUUUUGGAUCUAUUUGUUUUCUUUCUAGUUUUUCUUUUCUUUUGGGGGGGGGGGGGGGUUGUUUGGUUGUUUAGGGAGGUGGUUAUUGGAGCGGGCGUCUGAGUAAGAGCGAAGGUCUCACCGCCUCGCUACAGUUUCAACAUUUCAGACACCUGCGUUACCACGACUCACACCAAGAGAUCAUGAACUGCUAGAUUUUGUUUUAUUUGACUCGAUGGGGGGAAAACAAAUCAAACUGAUGAUGAUGAUGAUGAUGAUGAUGAUGUUGAUGAUGAUGAUUGGUAGACGACCUUUAGCAACUAAUCCGAUGGACAGAACUGGUGACUUCUCAUGUUUUGUUUUUCCUUGUCUAUAUUUUGCCAAGCUACCCGCCCUCUCUCCUCUAACCUCCAGUAGUGCUGAGCCAACGACCUGAUUGAUUUUAUGUUUUUGUUUUUUUUUCUUUUUGUCUUUUUUUUUUUUUUUUUUUUAAUGCAGCAGAGCAGUUGAACCACUCCUGGAGCUCUGGGACGUCCAGCUCUGAUAGCACCGUUCACUGCAGUCUUACUAUGCUUUCAGAGUUUCCUUUUAAACCUUUUCCUCCAUCUUUUUUUUUUAAAAUGAUGAUACUGCCAAUAAUAUAGAUUAAAAAAAAUUAGGAGCUCAGUGGCGCCUGUUAUUGGACUGUUGCCAUAGUGGCUUCUGGUUGGCCAAGAGGCAGGAUGAUCAGGGUCUGAAUGGACUCUGUUGAGUCCUUAGGAAGCCCUCCCUCUCCCUCUGUAUCCCUGCAGCCACUGGCCCUCUCUCCUCCGAGCACUCACACAUCAGCACCUCUCACAGUGACAGACUCACCUCCUGCAUUUGCUCUCUCAAGGGGGGCGAGUUCACCUCCGAACCUAACCAUCAGCACGAGGAGGCUCUUGCUUUGGAAACUGGCUUCUCUCAGUCGCCACGGUGAUCCAUAGCAGACUGUUAUUGCCCAUGUUUCAUCUGAGCACGCAAAGUUUGUUUGAAGGUAAAAGGUUACAUGCAUCCAGACUGUCAAGGAUUUACUGUAUUUCCUUAGCUUGCAGAGUCUCUAACUGUUAACUGUUGUUAAGGUCUGAUGUCAUGUGUUUCUUUGCUUUUCCGUGUCACCAUCCCUGCUACCUUUUCGACAGAAGUGUUACUGGACAGUGUUUAUGCAUCGAUGAUGAGAGUGCGGCAGACAGUGAGGCUGUUACUGUAAGAGCAAACAGGGAUGAACUGCAGCACUGGCUCCCAGGGUUUGGCACAGAGGCUGAAGCAUCAUACAUGACCUAUUACUGACUUUUUUUUUUUUCUUCUUUGUUCUGAUUUGGGAGAGUUGUAAACGGAGAGAGCUGUAGGAAUCGGCUACGCUUCUGUUGAAAACAUUGAGUUUUCAUCCUCUGGACUCACUCUGGCAGCCGGUUUGGGAUCCCAAUAAGCACUGAGAGGUCCCAGUGUUUUUGACCUCCAGGGCCGAGAAAUGGCAUCAAAUCUCACUUUAUGAUUUUUAUUCAUUAUGUGUAUGUAUAUAUAAAUAUAUUUGUGUGUUUAUAUUCAAUAUAGAACAUACACACAUAAUUAGCACACCAAACUGUGCAUGUGUUGAACAUGCCCCCUGUGUGCUAUGGUUGAAACACACUCGUCAGCUGUGGUUUGCUGUACACUGGAGAAAAAGAGAUGUACUAUUCAUUUUUCCCUACAUGAAUUUAAUCAGUAAUAAACGUUUUAAAGGAAUAAAUAUUUGACACAUAAUGACUGAUCUCAUUUGUCAGUGAUUUGAGGCUUAACUUCAUUUUGAACCUGUCUUUCUAUUUUUGCUUCCUGUGAAUAAAAAUAUAUGGGAGGAAG